UACUUUCUCUUUAGAUUAUUGUGAUGAGAUUAUAAGUUUUUUCUUGGAUUUUACAGUUCUGUUUGAAAGUCGAUAAUUCCGGGUAUCAUUUUAUGCAAAGAGUUGAGUGAUGAAUGUGGAAACCUCUUGGUAAUUGAUAGAAGAGAAAGCAAAUAAAGAGAAGCUGUCGCUCUUACGGCCUUCUGAAAAUUCAAUCGAACUUAUUAAUCGAAAAAUAAAACGUGUGUACUGUUUGUAAAUAAGCGAGAGUAAUAUUUUAUUUCUAUGCUGUUUUUGAUUAUACGAUACACUUCCUGUGAAGUUCUCAACAUGUGAACACGUUGUUUCACGGACAGUGCGUUAGAAGUUCCUGUAAUUUGUAACAACGAAGAACAAAUUUCGUAUUGUGGCUCGGUGGUGCGACGUCGCGAGAUAUCGGUAGUCGAGAGAUUAAAGUUCAUGUAACUAUAAACGAAACCUUUGGAUGUACGGUCAUUGUAACCUUUCCAACCAAACAAAGAAAGAAGCGAAGAUUAUACGAUAUAAUUCUGAACACUAGAAUCUAUGCAGUGAUAUACAGAUUCAACAUGAGUGCUGCACAGUUUGAGGAUGCAUUAAACGAUGCUACAGAAUCGCUUAACAUUAUUGAACUAGUAAAAGGACCAUUUCAUGAUCCUCAUGAUUCUCAUUGCGAUUUAAAUCUUACCGCAGAGGUUGCUAUUGCAAAUGCAAUAUUUGGUAAAUCGCGAUAUCAAGAAAGGGACCCUGAAUCUACUGAAAAUGAUGAAGACAGUAACAGUGAUAGAGAUUUUGAUUAUUUCGAUAUUGAAUACGUCAAAAAGAAUCAAUGCGCUAAUGUGCAGAAAUCCCACGCAAAUGCACAGAACUCAAUCCAGAAAAUCUCAGAUUUUCAGCCAGCAGAUGUGCUUUUUAAGAAAUUCGCCAAUAAAAUAAACGUAGAAAAAUAUGAAGGCCCUGCAUUGCUUCCGAAUCAUGCGAAAAAUACGCUUAUAGAAACUCAACGAAAAGCGGAUAGUGAUCGUCUGAGGAGCAAAGAUAAACAAGAUCGAGCAACUGCCGAGCAAGUCAUGGAUCCUCGAACAAGAAUAAUUUUAUUCAAAUUGUUAAGCCGGGACAUGAUCUGUGAAAUUAAUGGCUGCAUAUCGACAGGCAAGGAAGCCAAUGUGUAUCAUGCUACGUCAAAGACCGGCAUGGAUUACGCAAUCAAAAUUUUUAAGACUUCAAUUUUGAUCUUCAAAGAUCGAGAUAAAUACGUUACGGGUGAGUUUCGUUUCCGCCAUGGCUACAGUAAACAUAACCCAAGAAAAAUGGUGCGGACGUGGGCCGAAAAAGAAAUGCGAAAUCUUGUUAGAAUGAAAAAAUGCAAUUUGCCUGUACCGGAGCCAAUAUUACUUCGAAGCCAUGUGCUUGUUAUGCAGUUCAUUGGAGUAGACGGUUGGCCCGCUCCUAAGCUAAAAGAUGUUGAAUUGUCAAGCUCGAAAGCCCGUGAGUUAUAUCGUGACUCUAUUGAGAUGAUGUGGUCCAUGUAUAACAAAUGCAAACUAGUUCAUGCCGACUUAUCCGAGUUCAAUCUGCUAUACCAUGAAGGGAAAAUAGUCAUCAUUGACGUGUCGCAAUCUGUAGAACAUGAACACCCGCAUGCAUUCGAAUUCUUGAGAAAAGAUUGCACUAAUAUAACUGAUUUUUUUCGGAAAAAAGAUGUGUCCACAAUGACAGUCAAAGAGUUGUUCGAUUUCAUUACCGAUCCAACCAUAACGGGAGAAAACAUGGAUAGUUGUUUGGAAAAAAUGUCAGACAUGAUUGCUAACCGAAGCUUCGAUGAAUUUACCGAACAACAAAAGCUAGAUGAAGCUGUGUUCAAGCAAAUGUUUAUACCAAAAACUCUUCAUGAUGUUUAUGACGUUGAGCGGGAUAUUUUCGAGAAUAAGAAUAAAAAUGAAUUGAUUUACAAAACGAUCGCAGGCUUGGACGAAAAUCUUCGAGUAGCAGAGAAUCCUGAAAUAUUGCAACAAAUGGAAGAAGACAACGCUAAUUCAUCUCAAGAUGAUUCUAGCAGUGGAUCAUCUGAUAUCGAUGAAAACAAUGAAAAUGAAGAUGUAAGAAGAGUGUUUGCAGUUCGAGAGAAGAACGAAACGGCGGAAGACCGGCGGGCUCGUAAGAAAGCAGUUAAAGAAGACAAAGCCGAAAAACGUAAAACAAAAGUGAAAAAACACAUAAAAAAGCGUAAAGAGAAAAUGGGUGCUAAAAAAUAAAUCUAGAUAUAAUUAAAAAUGCUUUUAUUAUAUUUUGUUGAAAUAAAUUUUUCCUAUACUAUCAUAAGUACAAA